AUGUCCAGGAACAUCUCUUUGACUAGUCGUGGAGAGCCUAUCCAGUAUGAGCAACUUUUCGAAUACACGAACGGACGAUUUCUGGUCAAUGAGAAGCACGAAAUAUCAAAACGAUAUGCCAAAUUUGAUCUCGAUGCUCUCUGCACAGUAGUCUCGUCUUUGCCCUUCGUGUCUUCACCUAUAUCCAAAAUUGAUAAAUUGGAGGGCGGCUUCAACAAAGCAUUGUUGAUGACAGCUGAAAAUGGAAAAGAAAUUAUUACGAAGAUACCGUGUCCUACUGUUGUGCCUGCGGAGUAUAGUACUGCAUCUGAAGCGGCUUCCUUGGAAUACGUAAGGUCUCAUACCUCUAUUCCAGUUUCCAACGUCCUUGCGUGGAACUCUGAUUUCUCGAAUCCCGUUGGGUCGGAGUACAUUGUGUUGGAGAAGGUAAACGGUAGGCAGUUGAUAUCAGUAUGGGGUGAGAUGGGCCAGCUGCAACAGUUCAAGCUGAUUCAAAACCUGGUUCAGCUGGAGAGCCAGUUGGCUUCGAUAGAAUUUCCUGGCUAUGGACAUCUGUAUUUCCGCCAUUCAGCUAAACACGGAAGUCCAGUGAUCCCCAUAAAUGACGAUUGUUGUAUUGGUCCCGCCUAUAACGCGUCGUGGUUUCCACAGUUUCGCAACCAAGAGUACUCUGGCCCGUUUUUGCCAUACCUGAACCUUCUGUAUUAA